AUGGCUUUCGACUUUGGCUCUCUGGAACCCCGGAUUUACCAGAUUCUCUCCGCACCCGGAACGGACUUGAGCACCAUCAGCGCAAAGCGCGUGCGGCGCCAACUCGUCGAACUCGACCCGUCUUUGACCGCAGAGUUUCUCAAACAGAACAAGGAAGAGGUCGAUGCCAUCAUCGCGAGCGUGUUCGAGAAGGUGAGCGGCGGAGCUCAUGCGGGCGAGCCGGCCACCAGCAACGGCCACAGUGCAGGUGCGGACGACGAAAGGCAUUCUCGCAAGCGGAAGCAGGAGGAUGACUAUGAAGACGGCGUUCCCGACGAGGACGAGGACGAUGCGGGGAUGGAGGAUAUUACCCCUCCGCCGAAGAAGCCAAAAAAGGCAUCCAAGAAUGGACGGGAACUCACCGACGCUGAGCUCGCUCGCAAGCUCUCGAGCGAGCUCAACAACAGUCGGUCCACGCGUACGGGGAGUAAGGCGCGUGGUGGCACGGGGACGAAGAAAGGCGGACGGUCAAAGAAAAGUGCUGCCACCGUCGACUCCGAAGACGACUCCGACGACGGAUCGAAGAAGAAAAAGAAGUCGAGUUCAGGUGCGAAAGGUGGAUUCGCGAAAGAGUUUGUUCUGAGCCCACCACUAGCAGCUCUACUACAAAUCGAGAAGCUGUCUCGGCCGCAAGUGGUCAAGCAGCUUUGGGUGUAUAUCAAAGGCAACGACCUGCAAAACCCACAGAACAAGCGCGAAAUUAUGUGCGAUCACAAUUUACGGGCGGUCUUUGGAGUGGACAAAAUAGACAUGUUCAGGAUGAACAAGGUCUUAGGAUCGCAUCUGCACGAGAUUGAAUGA